UACACUAUUCAAAAAAGUUAUUCUACACAAAAUUUCCGGAUUUAUAUUUACAGUUUUACACUUAACUGAACCUAUUGCAAGAUAUCAGAAAGUGAUAAAAGUGCUCUACCAGUGUUGGAUAGGUCACAGCUGGAUUUAGAACAAACCAUGUCGCAAAGUAACAACAAUAGAGGUGGAAUUAAUUUGUCACCAGUGCAAAUACAACAGGAAUAUUUUGAAAAUUUGCCUGAAUGUGAUUGGGUUAAAUAUGACUACAGCAAUCGCAGGUACUUACUACAAAACAUAGCAUUUGCCUUGUUUGGUAGUCCAAGCACAGAAGGGGAUUUAAGUUUUAUAAAUAAUACAGAUAAUUCUCAAUUAGAAGGCUAUACUUCAAGACAAAAGGAACGGGUUAUGAAAGUUUAUGAAAAACUAUGUGAACAAAGUAAAUAUGCACAAAAUGAUAGAGAUAUUCUUAUGUCAGUAUUGUUAAUUGUAUGUGCACAUCCGGAGCCUGUAAAAUUUUAUAAAAUUGAACCGCGAGAUUACUGGGUCGACCUACAUCUACGCAAUGAUGUUGUUAUAUGGUGUACAGCUGUUUUUUGUGUCAGAACAUGUAUUCCUACUACAAUCGGUGCUAAACCCUGUAAAGUUUUUAUUGAUGAAGAUGCAAGAGUAUAUAAAAAUUGGAUAUCGUAUUUAACAAACAAUAAUUUGCCUAAAUGUGUCAUUAUUGCGCCAGAAAAUGGAGAAUACGAAGGAGUUCUAGUUGAGGGAGAGGAUUUAUUCUCCGUUAAGCUAACGGUAACGCCUUCACCUUCAUUGGGCCUUAAGGCAAGAGUUUUGAGUUCAGUGGAUACGGCUAGUACGGUGGCUUCCUUGGGUGCUAUUGGGGUGCUCGGUGCUGCUGCAUUUACACCAAUUGGUCCGGCAGUUCUUGUCACUGCUACUGUUGCCACUGUUGCUACCGGUAUAUAUGGCCUCGUCAGGUCAUCUCUUCAUCUUCGUGACAGAACUGUUCACGAGCAGACAAUCAAUCCGACGGAUCCGGAGGCGCGAGGCAGCUGGUUGAAUAUUGCAGCAUCUAGUGUGGGACUGGCCGCUGGUGCUGCCAGUGGUUUAUUAUCUAAGUCAGCAGCGGCUGGAAAUAAUAUGACCAAAGCCGGUCAAGCAUUAGCAACUUCGGUUGAAAUACUUCGUCAUGCUAACUUGGUAACUGGAGGCGCCGGUGUACUCCAUAGUUUAGUGCAUAUUAUAAUGAAGUAUCGGAAACACGGCGAGAGACCGACAACACUCGAACUGUUCCAAUUUUCGGCCGCGACAUUAUUCUUCUGUCACGCAGUUGUCUCAAAUCGUACUGCACAAAAUAUUAUCGAAGAAGCCCAAGCCAAUACUAUUAAUGAAUACCGUGCAAAUCUCAGGAGUAAUCGACAUAGAAAAAUAUUUGACAAGAUCAACGCUGAAACACGAAGAGUUUCAGGAACUGUACAAGGCAAUACAGAAGUGAUUAAAGGGAUCCAAAACAUCGCCAACAAGGAUCAGUAUUUUGCAGAUGUACUCAAAAUAAAUAAAGAAUUAAAUCAGCAUAAACUGAGAAUAUCUAUGACGGCCGAUGGAAACGUUAACCUUAAUGCCGUCCACAAAUUUAAUCCUUCUGAGUUGUACGGAAUGGGUUCAGAAGGCAGGGCACAAUUAUUUUCCACAAUAGGCCCAGCUGACCUUACUACGCCAAAUGUAUCAACUCGUAUAAAUUCAACAUCAGCCGUCACUACCUACGUGGAUAGAGAUGAAGAGAAUGGCAUCUUAGUUGGAAUACAUCCAGGGGAAAUCAUACGCAUCGGAACAUUGUUAGUAAGAGUCAGUGCAUCUGGUGCUGAAAGUAUUGCGAAACUUCUAGAAAAUCUCAGCCAGGAUAUCUACGCAAGUCUAAUGACGAUCUCUUUCAACAUUUUAUCGAAAUUGCUUCCAGAAGAAAUCGCUAAGUUGAGACUUUUGAGUCCGGAAGAAGAUCUGAUAGCGCAAAUCGUCAAGUUCGUGUUCAGGUAUCUCAAGGACCAAAGACCGAUGGGAGAAUGUAGGAAUACCGACAACGGGAUCAUGAUUGUAAUUAAAGAGUUCUUUCAAGACGGCAUAGUACGUCAAGAAACUAUAUUAGAAUUGAAGAAUAAACUUAUGAUUUGGAUAGUAAGUCAAAUAGAACAAAGACAUCGCGAGUUUCCGAACAAGAAACGUAUAACUUGUCCUAACUGCGAUGGAGUUCGCUUUGCUUAAAUAAUAAAUUUAAUAUAUUUAAUCAUUCAUCAUGUGCACGUAUAUAUUCAUAGUGUAGUAUAGAUAUUUUAUUUGGCCAAAAAUAGGAUAUAAGUCUAAUCUAGAAAAUGGGUCCUAUUUUUUGUAAAUCUAAGAUUGUAUCAUAAACAUAUCAUGAUGUGAUACAUUUAUAUUCAAUUAUAUUAUCACUAAAAAAUUUGUGAGGGCAGUGCUCUAUUAUAUGCUUAAUACUUAUGAUAAAAUAAUAAUAAAAUUAUUAAAUAUCUUGGUAUUAUUAUUGUUACUAUUCUUCUUCUAUAAACUAGCAUUUGUAAUCUGUAAUUGUUCUUCUGACUACAAGUGUAAAAAGGAAUUUUGUUUAUCUGCGCUAUUUACAAUAUUUUGUUUCUUUUAUUAGAUACAAAAUGUGUAGUUUGUGCUAAAGUCACACUAUAUGAAAAACAAUUGCAGCCUUUUUUAUUUUGGAUAUCAUAUUUUGUCUAUUGACUUUUUUUAGAUAUUAUUAGUAAUCCAGUUACAUCUAACUAACACAAUUUUAAUAUUUACAGACAAAACUAAGUCAUAUAAUGUUGGUUAGGAAACUAAUAUUUUGAAAGAUAUACGCUUUGUGUUUGUGUUAUUGAUAAGUUCCUUAAUGUCUCUUGUCUAAUUUUGACUGAUUUUUUGCCACACCAUAAUAUUGCACCUUUAAAUAUGUUUAGACUUUAUCGGGUUAUUUGUCAAUAAUAAUGGAAUUUUGAGUCUACAUAAUAAAUUAAACAAUGUCUCGUAAUGGUAACAAUCGAAUACAAGUUGCUGUAAAGUAAAAGUGUUUAAUAGCUCUUGAUGAAAUGCUGAAAUUACUCGCCAAAACCAAAGGGACCAUCUACAAAUUAACUCAUUACGUUCGAGAUUUUUAUAGCCUUUUGCUCAGCGUUGGCCACAUCUGUGUUAAUCCUGUAUCACCACCAUAGUAUGAUAUUUAAAUUUCAUAUAAACAAACUUAUGCUUCGUUGUAAAAGUACAGAUAAUGAUUUAUAUACUGUUAUUAUAAUUAAUUUUUGAAAUGUAAUAUAUAAUAAGUGAAAAAUGUACAAAACGCUAAAAAGCAAUGUAUUACGAUUAAAAUAUGGAGAAAACAAAAUUAUAUGAAAUAAUAUAGAACUGUGAUAUUAUAGAAAACAAGAUAUAUUUUUUUAAUAUAUAAAUAUCAAAAUAUAGAAUAGGGGAUCGCACAAAUUUUCAGAAAGCGUUUAAAAUUAAUCUUUAUGGAUACUUAUUUCUAUAGAAAAUAGAAUUUUAAUUAUUUAAAGACUUUUAGGUACUCAAAAUCAUGUUUUAAUAUUUUUUGUUUAAAAAUCCCGCCAAAACACCACGGUAUGUCAUUUGAGAGCGCGUGACGUCAUCUGGGGGUAAUAACAAUUGAUGCGUUCCACCUAAGGCCCACAACCCCAUCGAUCACGACUGUUAAAAUUGCCGUUCCACUAACGUAAAAAACGGGCGUUGUGGACGAAUUUUAUAAGUGGAACGUAUAUUUGGGCGCUGUCAAGUGUCAGGUGUUAGCUGUGUGCUCGCAAUAUGGCGGCAUGGUGAAAACAUGAUGCAGGCGUUGCGGACGCUUAGUGGAACACGGCCAACGCUUGAUCCUACAAAUGACGUCACGUACUGUAGUUGGUAUUUCAUUACAGGUUAAAAAUAUUGUUAUUGACAAUAUUUUAUUUCUUCAUUACAAAAUAUUUAAAUGAAUUAUAUUAAAUUAUUAUUCGAUAAAUAAACCUAAAACAGUAUAUUAAUUUGUCUAAGUACAUUAUGGGUUUUAAUCUGGUUACUGUCCGAUCCUCUAUUAGCACUGUGCCUUUAAAUUGCACUUCAAUUUUAUUCCAUUGAUAUCGGCUUUAAACUUAACAUUUAUAUGGGCUUUUCAAACUUUUGCAAUAUGUAUUAUAAAGGAGUAAAUUUUAGAAAU